AUGCUGGCGGAAUUUGGUUGGGCCGGGCUCAGCGGCUGUGACAAUACUUUUGUGACAGGUUUGGAAGCCAGCAACCCAGCAAGCUUAUCGUUAGUUGUGAAUGCCUCUGCUGUACCAUUGCAGCCCAGUGUCUCUUGGAAGUCAAUCUCGAUUCCAGAUGCAUUGGCGGGUAGUGAAGAUCAGGCCUACGGAGCACCCGGUCGCAGCAGUGACAUUCCUGAGCUACUUACCAGGCGUUCGGCAUCAUCCUUGUUUGAAACCGUAUCACUACAUAUCCCAAUGUCACAUGGCAGCAGCGUUGGCAACGACGCAAUGCCAUUGGAGCACGAGGAUAAUGGCGGACAGAGUGCGGACAUUCAAUUUGACAAUGACGGCAAUCUCCAUUUUGUCAGCUCUUCGCCAGAUAUACCACACGAUAUUCCUUUGCAAGCGCUCGUGCAUGACAAUGCAAAUAAGCCAGACACCCCCAAUGGCGUUAAUUGUUCCAAAGACUGGUUGCAAAUGGAACUCGGUAAUUCUGUGUCGGCAGCACCGGGAAUUCAAGAUAGUGCGUCCCGCAUUUUUAUGGAAGAGGAUAACCGAUCUGGCUCCUACAAUCCUGGUUUGGCAUUUGAGAUUGCGCUGGAAGCUGCGGAGAACGACAUUAUUGGACGGCAGACAAAUAAUACAACAGAAGCAAACGUUGGGCAUGUUUUAAAGCGCCAAAGACUUGGACAUCGGCAGCUGAUUGACAUUGGCGACGGAUCCCAGAAUGGUACGUACGAAAAACGAGUCACCGCGCUGUGGGAAGACACUUGUCUCUGGCACAAGGCUGCAGAACCAAAGGUAAUUGCUGCUUUCAACAAGCACGUUCAACAGCAGGCAGUUCGGCGCGCUCGAAUUGCUGCUCAGAUGUUUGCGACGCCCUGUAUACGCGCCACAGAAUUCCUGUUUUUGCCUGGCAAACCGGCAAACGCUGAUGCUACAACACUUGCAGAGGGGGGCCAUGACCAUGACUAUCCCUGUGGUUUUAAUGCAAGCAGUCCUGGUAUAAUAGACGGGUAUACCAGUGAUGAUUUUUUAGCAGCUGACGACAAUCAUAUGAGCGCUGUCCUUGACGUUGAUCUUGAUCUUGAGCAACGACGCGGCGCAUCGACACCAGCUGUAAGCGAGGAGGCGGACUACUUUAAUUUCCACAUGGACAUUCCCUGGCUCAAUCCAAAAGUAUUUGAUCCGCUCCAGCGCAGACAGUCUGCAGUCAGCGGGCAACUUUCAGUCAGAGCAGAGUCGAGUCCAGAUCCCGGCGCUGCAAGCCGCCAGCACAUUGCUUCAGUCCAUGGAACGCCUGCAUCCCGAGUUCCGUCCCUCGACCCACCUUCAUCAGAUGAUGGCCUGGAGAUCCGGUCAUUUGAGCUUGCAGCACAAACGCCAGAUCAACAAAUCGAUGACAACAAUGUCUUUGGACAAGGCACCAGUACCCCCAGCAUGCGUGGUUUGGACUCUUUUCUUAACAUCAGUCAACUUUCCGACAAUUGCAGUGGCCAUGCAGAUGUGCCAGAUAUGGAUCAGGAGUCGCUGAGCUUCAAGCGGUUUGUCCUCGACAGAAUGAAAGAGCAUAGUAGCAACAGCGUGGUUUUUGACGACUUGCUUCUUCCCUCGUAUAGGACUCGCCGUGUGGCAGCGCGCGCCUUUGUAGAUCUGCUGCAGAUGGCAUCAAAGUCUGUGUUCCAUGCAAGCCAAAAGCAAGCGUUUGCAACUAUCAACAUCUCGAUGCUUUAG